GUAAGUGAUUUAUUAGUAUAUUUGAAAUUAUUUAAAAUGGCGUUCGCCGUCGCAUCGGGAAGCUUCUACAUGCCGGCCAUGGCUGCAAACGCCGGGCACAGCCGUACUCCGAUGGCCAUCGGAAUUGGACGCGUGUCAGUUGCUAAUUCGCGCGCUCCUUUCGUUUGCUUAGCCAGUACGGGUAAAAAGGAGGAAAUUAGUACAGAUAAGGCACCAGAUGCAGUGGGACCAUAUUCUCAAGGAAUUAAGGCUAAUAAUUUCAUUUAUGUAUCUGGUUCUCUAGGUCUUAUUCCUGAGACUGGAGCACUCAUAUCAGACAAUGUGGAGGAUCAAACAGAACAGGCUCUGAAAAAUAUUGGGGAGAUACUUAAAGCUGGUGGUGUUAGCUAUUCUGCAGCUGUUAAAACAACAAUUAUGUUGGCUGAUCUAGGGGACUUCCAGAAAGUCAAUGCAAUUUAUGCUAAAUAUUUUCCAGAUCCUGCACCAGCACGUUCAACUUUUCAAGCAGCAGGAUUACCCCUGAAUGCAAAAACUGAAAUUGAUUGCAUAGCAGUAUGUUAAACAGAUUCAAGUCUUCAACUUCCAUGGCAGCUAUCAUUUUAGAUUCAAAUAAAGUUAAAUAAAGGAGAUUUAAGUCUUUAAUUCAGAGUCUCUUGAUACUCUGCUUUAGAUUCAAUCUCCAUUGCUGCAGAGUGCAGCACCAAUAAAUUCUGUAAAAAGGGCUCUUUCAGUCCCCAUAAUAAGAAUUCAUCAAGUGUAUAA